CAGUAAUGAAAGAGUAGGAACGCAAACGUCGCAAAUCCAGAAUUCAGCAGCAUUGGUUGAGCCAGUCUUGUUGUUCUCCUCACUUUACCUACGACUUGUGUUUCCGCAGUGGUAUCGAGAGAUAGUUGCCCAGGAGCCUAUAAAGCGUUGACGACGACAAUGAGUUCGUGGUAUAGUUUCCAUCCCUCGAUCCCUCAACAAGACUUACGCAAGCUAAUAACACCUACCCUCUCCAUCAAAAUCCCAGCGCAACCAUGUCUCCGAAAUCUUCCUCGCCCGAUCCUGCUCCCUUCCCUCUGCCUACCACAGUAGAUCCAUGGAUACAAACAAACCUCAUCGAUAAGAUCUUCAAUGGCAACCUGGCUCUAUUGGAAGAUGCCGUGGCAGCAGCAGUAGCUCAUGAUACUCCUCAGUUGAAAGAUUGGGGCAUCGUCGACGCCCACAGCUUCCUCCUCUUCCUCAGCGCCAUGCUCAACUGGGUGCCCUCGGAAGUCUGCAGCGGGAAGCUCAUCUACAAUACGUUCUGCGUGCUCUACUUCGUCCUCGAUCAGAGCCCCAUCAACGUUGCCCCGUACUCGACUCCAAUUGCCCCCAACUCUAUCGGUCAGAACCCCCUGCCACUGAGCCAAUGGACAAUCGACUUCGCCAACAAGGUUGGCAGCUGGAUGGGCAAGAGCAGCUCGAUCAACGCCGCCGCAAUCCAGUCUUUCCAGGACUCUCCCCGAUACAACUACGACGAGGCCAUUGUACCAUCUGGAGGUUGGCAGAGUAUCAAUCAGUUCUUUGCUCGUUUCCUGAAGCCUGGCAUGCGGCCUAUCAGCGCGGGAAGCCCCUCAGACAAAGACUAUGACCGGCUUGUGGUCUACCCCGCCGACUGCACUUUCGAUGGUGCCUGGCCAGUAGAUCAGAACAACGACAUCAGUAUCAAAAAUGUCCCUUGGAAUAUCAAAGACCUCUUGGCCGGCAGCCAGUAUGCCGCCCAGUUCGAGGGCGGUACCUUUAUGCAUGCGUAUCUCAACACGUACGACUACCAUCGUCAACACGCACCUGUUGCUGGACCCGUCGUCGAGGCCAACGUAAUCAAGGGCCUUUCAUACUUGCAGGUCAUAGUCGAUACCGAAACCGGCAAGCUGAAGCCCCAUCGCAGCUAUACUUCCCCAGACGCUCAAGCGCAGCAGAAUGGGGAUGUGGACGGGGUGGGCAGCGCCCUCAGCAUGCCCGACGAGGCCGGGUACCAGUUCCUCCAAGCCCGAGGUUGCGUCGUCAUCAUCAAGAAUUCCCUUCUCGGCUACGUUGCCGUGCUGCCCAUCGGCAUGGCGCAGGUCUCUUCCGUGAAUCUCAAGUGGCAACCCGGGCCAGACGAACAGUACCCGAUUCAGCCGAAUGUGAACAUCAACGAGGGCGACAAGAUAUCCCACUUUGAGUUUGGAGGUUCCGAUAUUAUCCUUGUAUUCCAGAAGGAUGCCGAGGUCCAUAUUCUCGGUGCUCAAGGCGCCACUGCUGAUAACACCCCAACAAGCAAGCAGAAAUACCUGGUUGGCAUGCCCCUGGGUUAUUCCACAAAGGGCCUGACUUCUGGUAACACCAACGGAGCUACCAAUGGGCAUUGAUAAGUCGAUGAAGGCUUCCUAUAAGUUCACCGGCCUACGACGUUCGUAUCCCUCGACCUCCCAGGAGGGUUUGGAUUGUGUCCGAUUUCCACGAUAGCUCUAGUUAGUUGUAAUGGUAAUUGUGUCUUUUAA